AAAGCUCCGCGGUGACGUCAGCAGAAGGAAGAUGGCGGCGCCUGUGAUCGAGACUCCCGGCUCGGAGGAAGAAGAAGAUGACGACUACGGGAGGAAGGUGCGGGGGAGGCCGAGGCUGAAUGAUACGGACCGGGUGAAGCGGCGGCUGGAGUCCCGGAAGAAGUACGACUGCCGGAGGGUGUACCUGGGAGAGGCGCACGGAGCCUGGGUGCUGAGGAGGGACCGAGGCGGAGGGGACAGCGGCGGGGAGGCCUGGAGCGAUGCCCGCCUGGCUGCCCAUCUGCUGGCCCUAGAGACGAGCUGCCAAGGGAAAUCUGAUGGUGAACUUCAGCCGAACCCACCGCACAGGACAAGACAGAAGCACGGUGUGAACAGUCUGCUCAACUUAAUGACCUGGUAUAAUGACCACAAGAGCCACUGUCCUCACGAGCCCACCCUCUCCGAGCUCGAUACCAGUCACCUCCUCUAUACCACAGCAGUGUGGCAGUGCCAGGCCGGGCACCACUUCUUUCAAGACCUUCGAUGCCCUUUGAAGACACUAAAUCAUAAAGGGUGUGAUGAGGAAGUAAGCUCCGAUGAUUCCUCCUCCAGGCCGACACCAGUGAUCCAGGUUACUGAGAUUUGUCAGGAGUCAGAUACGCAGGUCCACACCCUGUACUCCGAGAGCAUGACAGACGGAGAAGAUCAGGGCACAGAGGAGACGGUGAUGUGUGUCCCUAUGGGGCAAGAAGCACUGGGACAGGUGGUAACUGCUGCCAACUGCCCCUCCCAGGUCAUUAUCAUUGCUGGGCCUGCAUAUGAGGCAUUGGCAGCGGAAGGGAUCCAGCUAGAUGUUGACGGAGGCAGCGGAGAUGAGGAGGCAUGUACAACACUGGAAGCAGUGACGGAAUUCUCCCAGACCGAGCACGGGGAGCACGAUGACGACAGCAGUGAAGAGGUCCUGACAGAUGACAAUGUGCUCUAUACCCUGAAAGCAGCGCAGUCUGAGUUGGAGCAAGCCCAGGGAGUAAUACUAGCUUCCCAUCAAGAUGAGGCUGCUUCCCUGGAGGAACCGAUGGGACCAGUCAUCCUAGAGACUGGCAAGUACCAACUGGAUAAUAUGCUGCACAUCAAAGUGCCGGAGAAAAAGAGGAACCGUCGUGCUCCAGUGAUAGAUGCUGAUGGGGUGCCGGAGGUGUUCCACUGCCCAUAUGAGGGGUGCCCUCGGGUCUAUACUGCUCUCAACAGCUUCCAGAACCACGUGAAUUUAAUUCACAGAAAAGGCAGAACCAAAGUGUGUCCUGAAGCCGGCUGUGGGAAGAAGUUCUACCUGACUAAUCACCUGCGCCGCCAUAUGAUCAUACACACGGGCGUCCGAGAAUUCAUCUGCGAGACCUGCGGCAAAUCAUUCAAAAGGAAAAGUCACUUGGAAGUCCACAGGAGAACACACACCGGGGAGACCCCCCUGCAGUGUGAGGUUUGUGGCUUCCAGUGCAGGCAGCGGGCAUCUCUGAACUGGCACAUGAGGAAGCACGACUCCAUGAUCCAGUACAGCUUCUCCUGUGAACAGUGCGGGAAGCUCUUUGAGAAACGGGAUAGCGUCAAAUUCCACGUGCUGAAGAGCCACCCGGAUUGGAGUGCCACGAAUGAAGUAAAGCCUGAGGACGCCCUACUGAGCGGAGUGCAAGUGAAAGAAGAUGAUGCUGUGUCCAGUAAAGACCGAAUUAGCAGUGCACCACCAACCACCAAUUUGGUCCCCUUUUAAAUGUGCCGCCCCCUGUAAACCCUUCUGCUGAUUGCGCCCUUUCUCAACCUCUUCAGAGCGGAGAUUUCCUACAGGAAACCUUUUUUUUUUAAACAUUUUAAAAUCAUGCAUUAAAAAACAGUUCUUUCCAAA